UUUAGCCCCUCAAUGUGGAAAUAAUCGGACAAGAGAUGGUGUGAUCGAGUGCUUCCUCUACGGACUCUCCAAGCAUACAGACGUACAGAGUUGGAUGGAGAUCUGGUCGGAUGACAGCUGGAACUGUGGUGAUAACCGGAGGAAUUCUCGCUGCGGUGAUUCUUCUCUGCAUCAUCGUCGUGCUCUGCUACUGCCGCCUGCAGUAUUACUGCUGUAAGAAGCAUGGCUCUGAUCCAGACGCGGUUUGUCCUCAGCCUCAGUUGUCGUGUGGUGUGGACGAGAUGGUCUUUGCUCCUCUGUCACUAUCACCGGACUCCAGCUUCUGUCCCUCCUGCUCUCCGUACUCCUCCACGUUUUACAUCCACAACGGCGGAGAGCGGCUCAUUUACCUGCCGUCACAAUACAACAACACCCGAGCCGUGAGCACUGACGUCUGAUCAGUUAAGAGCAGGAAAUAAAGGACUCAUCAUACUCACAUUUUACAGUGUAUGAAUGAACAA